AUGUCAAGACAACCACGAUCUAUAGCGAGCGCUGGCAGCGAGUCUGUUCGGAGUAUUCCACAACGAUCUUCUCCCCGUGGAGAGCGCUCCGGCUCGAACCCUGCAUCUUACAUGGGAGACAACGAUGACACGGCGCUGCCGUCAAUGGAAUUUCAGUCGCACUCCCAUUCCAACCCAUCCAUUGCUCAUCGCCGAACGGGAAGCACAUUGAAAACAGUCAUGCGCAAGAUCUUCAACCGCAAAAGACAAAGUCAAGCAGAUGAACUAGAGGAGAACCCAUACGAAUCCACUUUUGCAACGCCACCGAUGCGAAAAUCAGGACCAGCGAAAGGAAGAUCAUUGUUGGCUGUGCCGCCUCCUCUGAAUUUGAAUUCACACCGGGGCAGUCCACUAUCGGCGGAGAACCUGCAGCUUGCAGAAACACAUCUGUCGCCGCUUCUGUCUCCACUAUCUCCCCUUUCAUCUGCCACACUGCGCGAUUCAAUGCCGGGUAGCAUGCAGCCACGUCGAAGACGCGCAACUCUUCCUAGCGUGGUUUUUUCAGACGAUGAAUCUCGGUUUGCCGUGGCGUCAAUAGCAAUAUCCGAUCCGCAAGAGGAUAGGAGCCAUGUCCCAGAGCGUAGGCACAGCUUGCUCUCCCACCGCUUAUCAAGGAGCACAGAUGCAUUGCGCGAAAUGACAGAUAACAUGCCAGAGAUCAUGACCUCUUGGCCACAGCGCACAUCAUCCGCGGCUCGGCCAGCUUCGGUUCCUGACUCGCAGUCCCCGCCACUAGACGAAAGCUCUAAUAGUGGACAUUCGGGUCGUCCCUCAUCGGGAACAACAGUAACCAGUGUGACCCGAAUGUCCGCCGAUCCAUCUUUGAUGGAAGUCGAGCAAACAACACAACCACCCAGUCUACCAUCAAACCUCGCAAGUCUAGUCAACACAAUGCAGCAAGAUGACAGCGUCACCCUGGAACAGCGACUCCUUCCCCCUCACAUGCGCAACAAACACACCGCAUUCCUCUCCGCAAGCGACCGCGACGAUUCCCCAAGCCCGCUUCCAAACAUCUCCACCCGCCCCUCCAGCACGAGCACCAUCCGCGCAGACACAAUGGCCUCGCGCACCCUCCGCCCCGCCCCAUCCGCCUCAUCCCUGUCCGACUACCACGGCGUCUCGAUCGAGCAAUAUAGCACGCUAGUCACGCUCCUGCGUCGUGAACAAACAGCCCGCAGAAACCUCGAGACACAAGUUGGCGGUUUGCGCGAUGAUAUCCGUGAUCUGCAGCGCACAGCUCUCGAGUCCAUGCAGUCGGGUGUAGGCAUGGGCAUGCAGCCCGCGCAUUCCACGGAGUCGCGGCAGUUCCUACGCUUCCGUCGCGCACUAGAUGACUCUGAUAGCUCUUCAGCGCUGAGGUCAGAUGAUAAGCGCACUGGUAUUGAGGACACCGACUCCGAUUGGGAUGAUCCGUUCGGUCCUCCGAAAUGGGAGCGUCAACGAGUUGUCACUGCCCCUAUGAUUUGA